UGGUAGAUAUAGAUAAAGUUUUGUGGUUUUUGCAAACUGAAGUAGGCGGUAGCCGCUAGGGUUUUAUUGUUAUCCUUUGUUUCCCUGUUGCGGUCUCUCUCUCCCACCCCUUCACAUUUUCGCAGAGAUGAAUGUCGAGAAAUUAAUGAAGAUGGCCGGUUCGGUCCGGACCGGGGGGAAGGGUACAAUGAGAAGAAAGAAGAAGUCUGUUCACAAGACGACCACAACAGAUGACAAGAGGCUUCAAAGUACCUUAAAGAGAAUAGGAGUGAAUGCCAUACCUGCAAUUGAGGAAGUUAAUAUCUUCAAGGAAGAUGUAGUUAUACAGUUUGUCAACCCUAAAGUGCAAGCAUCUAUUUCAGCCAACACCUGGGUUGUUAGCGGCACUCCUCAGAACAAGAAAUUGCAGGACAUCCUUCCUCAAAUUAUCAAUCAAUUGGGCCCGGAUAACUUGGAGAACUUGAAAAAAUUAGCAGAACAGUUCCAGAAGCAGAUGCCGGCUGGUGCGGCUUCUGGUGCUGCAGAAGAUGACGAUGACGAUGUACCAGAACUUGUAGCUGGUGAGACAUUUGAAGCUGCUGCAGAGGAGGGACACGCCCAUACCUCUUAAGGAUCUUCUAUUAUCAGUUUUGGACAUUGCUUAUAUGUUCUAUGUUUUGAAUACAUUACUUUAUCCUUUAUCAAUGAAUUGAAUCCACCGCUGCUUUUCUCAA